AUGGCGAUUUCACCGACCCAAUUCGCCGUUACCACCAGGCAGUCGGCCAAUUGGUCCGACGCCAGGCGGAGGGUGCUGACGGCAUAUCGCGACUGGAUCCGGGCGGCGCCGGAAAUCCAAACGAUGUAUGCCAUCCCUCACCCGGUCUCAGCGAUCCGCACCCGCAUCCGACAGGAGUUUGAGCGCAACCGGUUCGUCAACAAGCUUCCCGCCGUCGAUGUCCUCCUUUUACAGAGCAACGCCGACUAUCAAGAGACCAUGAACUUCUGGCGUCAAACGAACCACCUUAUGUCUUACUUCAAAGAUGAGAACUUCAGGGGAGAGAAGCGGCUCCCAUCCGAUUUCGUUACUGGGUUCUUGGAAGGCCGCAACUAA